AUGUUGAAUAAAGUCGUUGAAAGUAUGCUCGGAACGUCUGUAGAGCAAAAGUUUGAAGAGUUGCAAGUUGAGGAACUCAGGGCACAACGUCAAGCAGAGAUUGAUGAACAAAUGAAAAAUAAAGGUAAAGGCGCUGAAGGAAGUUCUGCAGUGACAGAGAGAUCGAUUGUUCCUUCUAUGGUUGUUGAAAAUCCUGAGCCUAUCUCUGCUAUAUCUGGUCUUUUUGAAGAAGAUAUACCACUUGACGAGCUAAUUGGUGAUAGUGAUGACGAAGAUGAUGAAGAGGAGGAUGACGAGGAAGAUGAUGAAGAUGAGAAAGUCUAUUCAGCGAGCAGUCAUGGUUCUGGUAACGAUGAUGAUGAUGCUCAGGGUGGUAUGGGUGUGAAAGUAUCUGAAGCUUCCACUAAGAAAACAGUUGAUGAUUUGAUGAACGAUUCAGUGAAUGAAGAAUCAGGGGGAGCUGAUGGAAAGGGGGAGUCGAGUGAUGCAUAA